AUGGAACAUGCGAUUAAUGACCUUGAUGAACUUGCAAACCCUUAUGCUAUCGAACUAAUUGAUGUUACCGUUCGCUUAGGUAACAGAGAUAUUUUAAAAUCGAUUCAUCUUACUAUUGAGCAAGGUGGCAUUUUUGCGUUACUUGGCCCAAGUGGCUGCGGAAAAACGACUCUAAUACGUACACUAGUUGGACGCUUGCAGCCACUUAAUAAUCAUAAUGGUGCACGAAAACAAAUAUCAAUUCUUGGUAAACACACGCAUGCAUUCGGUCAAAUGGUUGGGUUUAUGCCUCAAGAAAUGGCAUUGCAUUCGACAAAUACUAUUGAAGAAGAACUAUUUUUCUACGGACGUCUGGUUAAUAUGUCGAAUAAAAACAUUAAACAACGAUGUCAAUUUUUAAUUGAUUUUCUUGAAUUGCCACAUAAACAAAAAUCAAUCAGUACUUUAAGUGGUGGACAACAGAGACGAGUCUCAUUUGCUAUUGCUCUUUUGCAUGAACCAAAAUUGCUGAUUUUAGAUGAACCAACUGUUGGUGUUGAUCCAAUUUUAAGAAAAAAAAUUUGGCAACAUCUUACAGAGAUCACGAUGAAAAAUGAUGUAACUGCUAUUUUGACAACGCACUAUAUUGAAGAAGCUCGACAAGCUAAUAUAAUAUCUUUUAUGCGACAUGGUUAUCUAUUGGAAACCGGUCAUCCCAAUGAUUUAAUAUUGAAACACGAACAACAAACUCUUGAAGCUGUCUUUCUUGAAUUAUGUGAAGAUCGUCAUAGACUAGAAAUACAAUGUCAGACACAAGAGAAAGUUCAUGAUCAUAAAUCUUUAACUAUAGCAAAUAAAAUUUGCCACUCUUGUCAAUCAGUCACAUGUUCAUGUUGUAUGAAAAAAUCAUGUUGUCUUACGCGUCGUUCUUGUGCCCGUCCAUCUCUUGGUCGAUCUCUAUGUGCUCUUCUUAUAAAAGAUAUUCUUAAAUUUCAACGAAAUCCAUUUAUGUUGAUCAUACAAUUUCUGGUGCCAAUUCUUCAAAUUGCUUUAUUUUGUUUAUGUGUUGGACGAAAAUUAAGCAAUAUUCCGUUUGGAUUUAUUUCACGCGAAACUAUUGGCUCCAGUUCUGCCAGUGAAUUAAUAUUGAAUAAAAUUGAUAGAAAUGUUUUUAAGAUAAUUGAAUAUAAGACGAUAGAUGAAGCUCAACGAUUAUUUGAUGUAGGAUAUUUAUCAGGAAUUAUUAAUAUUGGUGAAAAUUUUAGUCGGGAACUUAUUGAAAAAACAACACAUUGCUCAUUUUCUAACGUUAAUAAAUAUAAUGAUUCUCAAUUCACAAUGUAUAUGGAUCAAACAAAUCGACAAAUGGUUUAUACAAUAGCUGAAGAAUUUGUUCGAAUUUUUAAAACUAUUGAUACUGAUUACCAUCUUGGAUUUUUUACAUCUACGCCUAUGAAUCAAGAGUCAUUGUUUAAACUAGCGCAAUUUCACAAUAAUCUACCUGAAAUUGAAUAUACUUUUACCCAUUUUAUGAUACCUGGUAUUGUUCUUUCAGUAAUUUUUUUCUUUAAUGUUGCUCUUACUGCUCUCUCACUUGUGACUGAACAAAGCGAUGGAACACAAGAACGUGUAUGGAUCACAGGUGUGAAGGCAAAUGAAAUCAUUUUUAGUCAAUUGAUAAUUCAUUCAAUGAUACUUAUUAUUCAAAUAGUAAUUGUUUUAUUCACUUCUUUAUAUGUUUUCGAGAUUCCAUCAAGAGGCAGUCUACUUUAUCCAUCAUUACUAUGUGUGAUACAAGGGUUUUGUGGUAUGACCUUUGGAUUAGUUAUUUCAACAAUUUUCACAACAGAAAUCAAUGCUCAUCAAGUUACUAUGUCUAUUUUCUAUCCUGUGUUACUCUUGAGUGGCAUUGUAUGGCCACUUGAAGGGCAACCGAUUUGGAUGCGAACAAUCACAGAAUGGCUGCCAAUGACAAAAGCAAUUGAUGCUAUGCGUGGUAUAUUAUUAAAAGGAUGGGGUAUUCAGCAUUUAGUUGUUCAACAAGCGUUUUGGAUUACAUCUAUUUGGUCCAUGUUUUUUCUUAUUUUAACACUUUUUAUUUUUAAUUGCCGUCGUUUAUAA